GAAAAAAGAAUCCGAGUCUCUCAGCCAUUAACAAGAGGACCAAGUGCCUUUAUACCAGAGAAAGAAAUUGUCUACUUUGCUCUUAAGGUUAUGCAAGCAAAUGGUUUGAAUGAACGUACUAACCUUCUUGUGGAAGAAUAUUCAACAUCUGGUCGCCUGGACAACAUCACACAGGUCAUGAGUUUACACAGUCAGUACUUGGAGUCUUUCCUCCGCAGCCAGUUCUAUAUGUUGCGUAUGGAUGGGCCCCUUCCUUUGCCUUACAGGCACUACAUUGCUAUAAUGGCUGCUGCCAGACAUCAGUGUUCUUACCUAGUAAAUAUGCAUGUUGAUGAGUUUCUGAAGACUGGAGGGAUUGCAGAAUGGUUGAAUGGUUUGGAAUAUAUCCCACAAAGACUGAAAAAUUUGAAUGAAAUAAACAAACUUCUUGCACAUCGACCAUGGCUGAUCACAAAAGAACACAUUCAGAAACUUGUCAAGACUGGAGAAAAUAAUUGGUCUCUUCCUGAAUUGGUACAUGCUGUGGUGCUGUUGGCCCACUAUCAUGCCUUGGCGAGUUUUGUAUUUGGUAGUGGCAUUAAUCCAGAGAGAGAUCCGGAUACCUCUAAUGGCUUCAGACUUAUUGCAGUCAACAAAUUCUGUGUCUGUGAUCUUGCCAACGACAACAACAUAGAAAAUGCUUCCCUCACAAGUAGCAACUUUGGGUUUGUGGAUUCUUUGAGUGAGCUGGAGGCUUUAAUGGAAAGAAUGAAGAGGCUGCAAGAAGAAAAGGAGGAAGAGGAGGCCUCGCAGGAAGAAAUGGCAACUCGCUUUGAAAAAGAGAAGAAAGAGAGUCUUCUAGUAGUUACUGGAGCAUUUGAUGAUGAAAUUGUUUCUACAUCGGAUGUCUCCCGCUAUGUUGAAGAUCCUGGUUUUGGGUACAAAGACUUUGCCAGGAGGGGAGAAGAACAUCUGCCAACAUUCCGAGCUCAGGAUUAUACCUGGGAAAAUCAUGGCUUCUCCCUUGUGAACAGGCUUUAUUCUGAUAUUGGGCAUCUCCUGGAUGAGAAGUUUCGAAUGGUCUACAACCUCACAUACAACACUAUGGCUACGCAUGAAGGUGUUGACACAACCAUGUUGAGAAGAGCUUUAUUUAACUACGUUCACUGUAUGUUUGGAAUCAGGUAUGAUGAUUAUGAUUAUGGGGAAGUUAAUCAGUUACUUGAACGCAGCCUGAAGGUUUACAUUAAGACAGUGACCUGCUACCCAGAGAGAACUACCAAGCGCAUGUACGAUAGUUAUUGGCGUCAGUUCAAGCAUUCAGAGAAGGUCCAUGUAAACCUACUUUUAAUGGAAGCCCGUAUGCAAGCAGAACUUCUAUAUGCCCUUCGUGCCAUAACUCGACACUUGACCUGAAGCAUCAAUUUAGAGAGGGCAAAGGAAGUUUAAUUGCUACGUAAAGACUUUUGAAAUAGAUACACACCAGAAGCUGUAUGUGAUGUAGCAUCAAGUUACUCAAUUCUCUAGUGUCAAAGUUUAGCCGUAUUUUUGGCGGCUGUAAUGUGCAAUGACGUGUUUUAUUUUCUUGAUGCUUAACAUUACUAAUGAUAUCAAAAAUAACAGAGGAGCACUACUUUUUCUAGUUGGAUUUCAAGAUACUGGUCAAAAUCCUAAGACUAAUUUUGUUAUACUCAACUCUAGUGCUUUGUUCUUAAAUACAAAAAAGUGUUUAUCUUUUCAAGCAAUCAUUUUUCAGAUUAGUGGAAUUCAGCAAAGAUUUUUUUGGAUGUACUAAGAGAUCGUAAUGCCAUGUCCUAACUCUAGUAGAGAGAAACGUGAUCUAUGACA